AGUGUCAUUUUCGCCCCGAGCUCCUCGGUGUUCACAUCGAAGAUGGCGGCGGGCUUGGAGCCGCUGGCGGCGGAUUGUGUGGUUAAAAGAGCGGGCGAGAAACUUUUGAGCGCUGUCGCGGGUCGCGUCAGAGACGAGCUCGGCCAAGCUUGAGCGCGGAGUGAACCUACUAAACUCCGGGAAGUGCGGGGGAAAAGGGAAGAGCCCGGGCAGGUGGCAGUGACAGUGCUGGAGGCAGAGCACUGAAGUGUUAGCUAGCGUUAACGGCGGACCGGGGAGAGGAGCCGCGGGGCUGCGGGGCUGAGGGACUUGUUUAGAGGGGAAAACAGCCGGUGAAAAGUCGCUUGGGCGGCAAUAUGGUGGCUAACACCCCUCAAUAUCUUCGCCUGGGCGAGUUUAAGUGACACGGGUGCUUGUUAGGGGCCCUUAUUUGGCAGUUUUAAACCCCCCUUCACCUUCACUUCACACGGUUGUUAUUAGUUGGAGAGCGCUGGGAGGGAAGGGGGUGUUUUGAGUGCUGAGUGGAGGAGGCUCCACAAUAACGGCAAACAACAAACUACAACAACACGGACGGAUUUAGCUACUUAACUGCAUUAAAUCAUGUUGGCUAACUAGUUAACUAACAGUUACUACCAGUUACUACCAUAACAGAUCAACCGGUGCCCCAUUAUUUUUCUUCUUCUCUUCCACUUCCCAUAUACAGCUGAUUAACAUGCUAUGGUCACUACUUUGCCUAGCCACGAAGUGAAGCCCGGGACGUCAACGGCGCAAACUUUUAGCGGGGGCGAUGCCAUGGAUGCGCGGGCAGACAGCGGCGCCGCUCUCCCCGGCACGCCCGUGUCGAACAGCAGCCUGCCCGGGUCGAACAGUAGUCCAACGGCGGGCACGGUGCUCAAUAACGGGCCUGGACUGUUAACGAGUAAAGGUGAUGGAAGUAGUAGUAGUAGUAGUAGUAAUAGUGGUAGUGGCAGCGUUGGUGGCAGCAGCGUGCCUGCCACCUCCAGCACGGUUAUCAUCCAGGCGAGCGCGUCCACCGGACCCACAGGAGCCACCAGACCCAUCGGACCCACAGUUACCGUCUUGAGACCGGCUGCUAUGCAUACAACACCACCAACGGGGACGACAAUCGGCGCUCCGGCGCUCGCCGUAAACGGGAGCAACAUGAACGCGGUCCUGAAUGUAGCCCAGCAGGCGCCGACAGCACCUCCAGCACCUGCCACCGCCGCAGGAGUCACGUUGACAUUAACUCCCCAAACCCCGGGCCAGGCUCUAGCUCCUGCUCCCGCUCCUCCAGGAGCUCCUCUAGGCACGACGACCAUCAAGCCCGAGCCGGCCAAGAGCAUCAUCCACAGCGCGGCAGGGCAGAGCGUGGUGGGGCAUCUGCACGUGUCUCCCGGGGCGGCCAAGGGGGCGGUGCAGCUGCAGCAGCAGCAAGGCGUCGUGCGGAGCCUCGUAGCCCAAACCCCCAGCCCCGCGGGGGUCAGGGCUAUAGCGCCGCAACAGGUGCUGGCGCCCCGGAUCCCCCAGAGCAGCCCGGGACAGCCCAGCAUCCAGAACAUCCAGCUACCUCCAGGUAUGGUGCUUGUACGAAGUGAGACUGGCCAGUUGCUGAUGAUCCCUCAGCAGGUGUUGGCUCAAAUGCAGGCCCAGAUGCAGGCCACACGCACCGCCACGCCCGUCAGCACUACACCCGGACAGAUCACGUCUGCACAGACCCCUGGUGCUCCGAUCAUGAGCAGACCGUUUGCUCCUGUAAUCAGACAGGGCUCACCCACAACCAGUAGCCCUGCUACCACCACACUCCAGAGACCUCCAGCACAGCUGCCCUCUGUGGGCUCGGUGCUGACAGUGCAGCCGGGGACCGCCCCGCGGGUGGCGACUCCUGCCACAGGGACCAGCAUCACCUUGCCAACGGAGACGAUGGAGAAUGUGAAGAAGUGUAAGAACUUUCUGUCCACGCUGAUCAAGCUGGCCACCAGUGCGAAACAGUCGUCACAAACCGCCGCUAAUGUCAAAGAACUGGUCAAGAAUUUGCUGGAGGGGAGGAUUGAAGCCGAGGACUUCACCAGCAGGUUAUACAAGGAGCUCAACUCCUCACCACAGCCUUAUCUUGUGCCUUUCCUGAAGAGGAGUCUUCCUGCUCUGAGGCAGCUCACUCCGGACUCCCUCGCCUUCAUCCAGCAGAGCCAAGGCCUGCCGGUCAGACCUGCAGCUACUGUAGCUCUGGCCAGUCCCACGUUAGUUAACCCAGUCACUGCUGCUUCUGUGGCCACCACGGUUCCAGUGGCCACAGCAGCUGCCCCGGCCGCCACAGGCACUGCAACCAUCGCAGCUGGCACAGCCACUGCCACUACUUCAUCUGUCGUGUCUGCUGCCACCGCUGCCACCACAGCCCCACGGACACUCAUCCAGCCCGCUCACAACAAAACCACCCAGUCUGCCUCACUGGUGUUGCAGUCUCAGCAGCAAGGGACAAUAGUUAAGACCCCCCAGGUGGCCCUGACUACUACUCCCAUGGUAGCGCUCAGGGGUCAGCCCCCUAGCCGCAUCGUAGUGGGACAGCCUCAUAUGCAGGUCAAACCACUACAAACAGUGUCGAUGAAGCCCGGUGCAGUGAGUGGGCCUAGACUUGCUUCCAGCCCGGCGACACUCCUUGCAGCUCAAAAGAGCAAGCUAAAGGAUGCAGCUGGUGGAACAUUCAGGGAUGAUGAUGACAUCAACGACGUGGCCUCCAUGGCUGGGGUGAACCUGUCAGAGGAGAGCGCUCGCAUCCUGGCCACUAACUCGGACGUGGUGGGGGCUGUGACUCGCUCCUGCAAGGAUGAAGCCUUCCUUUCCACUGCUUUGUUGCAACGCAGAAUACUCGACAUAGGUAAACGCUUUGGGGUGACUGAUCUGGCACCAGAGGUAGUAAACCUGGUCUCCCACGCCGCUCAGCAAAGACUACAGAACUUAUUAGAAAAAGUCUCUGUUAUAGCACAACAAAAGAAUAUGACCUAUAAGGAGGAUGGACGUUAUGAGCAGGUAACUGAUGUUCGAGCACAGCUGAAGUUCUUUGAGCAGCUUGAUCAGAUGGAGAAGCAGAAGAAGGAGGAGCAGGAGAGAGAAAUACUAAUGAAGGCAGCCAAGUCUCGCUCUCGACAAGAGGACCCGGAGCAGUUGCGGUUAAAACAAAAGGCCAAAGAGAUGCAGCAGCAGGAGCUAGCUCAAAUAAGACAGAGGGAGGCCAACUUAACAGCGCUGGCUGCUAUUGGACCCAGAAAGAAGAGGAAAGUGGACUCGCCUGCUCUUGGCACUGAUGCAGAGGGUUCUGGAUCGUCGGCAAACGCAACAGCGGGUUUGAGUGGCGGAGUGUCGAGACAGUUUGCUCGGCAGCGCAUCACACGUGUAAACCUCAGGGAUCUGCUCUUCUGCCUGGAGAACGAGAGAGAAAGCAGCCGCUCUCAGCUGCUCUACAGAGCACUGCUGAAAUAGCAGUAGGACUACAGAGCCGUGCGACACCGGCAGCUCAGGUUACAGAGCAGUGCUCAAAUAGCAGCUCAGCUGCAGAGCAGUACUGGAUUGGCUGUGUAAAUCCAGAGCAGUGCUCAAGUAGCUGUUUGACUGUAGAGCAGCACUGGACCGGUUGUUUAUCCCCAAAGAGCCGCUCAUGUUGCCGCUCUACUGCAGAGCAGCGCUCCUUUAGCUGCUGUGCUGAGCUAUUCUCAUGUACCAGGUCCAUUUCUGAGCUCUGCUCAGGACAGCAGCUCCACGGCUCGAGUAGUGUGAGCUGUAUAGAGCACUGUUCAAGUGAUAGCCAAGCUCGACCACACCGGCUCUCAACCAGGCGCCUCCUUUUCACUUCCUUUUUUCUCUUUUUUUUGUCUUUCUUCUGGUGUGUGUCCCUCAUUUUUGUCUUUUUUUGUCUUUCAUGUUUGUUCUGCUUUUACAACUGUCCUCUUCUCCAUACACUCACUAACUUAAACAUUCACACAUUCAUUCUUCAGUCUCUUUUCUCCCUCUCCCAAUGUUUCCCAAUGUUUUUAUGUUGUUUUUAGCUUCCUUUGCUUUUAAAUUUUUACUUUGUUGAAAAUAUGUAAAAGAAAUCAUUUGCAGUUAUAUAUCCAAUGUUUUUCUUAGAGGGUGGCUUUGUAAUGUGCAGAUUACCAAUGUAAAAAAAAAGAGAAUACACAAUGAAACUGCCCAUUCAUUUUGUAUUUGUGUUUUUAUAUAAGAGGUUUUAAGAAAUAAAUGGAAAAAUGUUUUAUAAAACA